ACAGAUGACUACGGCAACACCAUAUUACAUGUAGCAGUCGCAAAUAAACAAAUCCAGACAGUUCAACAUCUACUCACGAUUGACAAAAUAGAUGUAAAUGCAAAAAAUAUAAAUGGAUAUACAGCAUUGGACAUUCUAGCUCAAAGUCGAAGAGGAGUGCAAGAUUGGGACAUUCAAAACUCCCUCAAACAAGCUGGAGCCUUGAAAGCUGCUGACAAUCAGGGUGAGUGGCUUGCAAAGAAAAUGGAUGCAUUAAUGGUGGUGGCAUCACUUCUCACAACGAUAGCUUUCCAAGCAGGCGUAAGCCCUCCAGGAGGUGUUUGGCAAAAUGAUUCACCUGAAGGUUCACUAGACCCGCAUAGAACUGGAGAAGCUGUGGCUGCUUAUACUUAUCCAGAGUCAUAUCAAUUUUAUCUGCGUGCCAACAUGAUAAGUUUUGUUGCAUCUCUGAGCACAAUUUUGCUGCUCAUAAGCGGAUUGCCCUUGAAGCGCAAGAAUUUUAUGAGGAUUUUGAUGAUGAUCAUGUGUUUGUCAAUUACAUCUAUAGCAUUUUCUUAUGCAUUUUCAUUGGUUGCAGUCACUCCAAAGACACACAGGGUAACACUACAUCGCACAUUGUAUGUUGCAGUUCCAGUGUGGUGUGUAGUGAUGGUGAUUUUGCUCCUCGUGCACACAAUUCAAUUGACACUAAGGUGGUUGAAAGACAAGAAUUGGAAAUCAGCCGUAGAAAACUGUCAAAUUAAGUUGGGGGUAAAGGAUGCCAAUAGCAACAGAGAUGUUCAGAUGACCUAGAGAGCUUGAUUAUGUGCUUGACAUUCUCUCUCCUUUCUCUACAACUCUGAAAAGGUCCAGUGUGCCAAUGUGUGUUUUUCUAGUAAUGUUUGUUUGAUUUGCAUGUGUAAG